UUUUACAUUUUAUAAAAUCGUUCAUUUUUAUUAAAAAUAAUUCACGUUCAAUAAAUGUGUUCAAAUAAUAUCAAUCAUUCUAUAAAGUUUUAUUUUUUGAAAAUAAUAAUCAUAAAUGUGAUUAUAAACUAUGAUGAAAUUAGAUACAAAAGAUGAAGAACGUUUGUCAACAUUAGAAAUUGGCGCGUAUUUUGUAUUAUGGAUAGUUUCGGUGGGAUAUUCAAUUUAUAAUGUAUUUUUAGUAUCACAAGAUUUGAAUCAUUCAAAUAGUUUAGAAAAAGGAUGGCCCUUUUUAAAUCGUGCAAAAGACAUGCCUGAUUAUGAAUGGGAACUAGUUACAAUUUAUUUAAAAAUUAUAAUACCGUGGAUUGUGCUUCAUUUAACUGUUGCUGAAAUAUUAAGGAAAUGUAAAUCUUAUCAGGUUUUGGAUAAAAGUUAUUGGGCUACUUAUGGAUUAGGUUACUGUAUGGGACAAUUUUUUCACAUAAAAUAUGUGGUAAUAUAUGGAAUAUCAACAACAAUUAUGAAAUUCGAAAAUAUUAAGGCACCUCCAACACCAAAGUGCAUUGGUCGAAUACAUUUAUACUCUUACAUGUGGAAAUAUUUCGAUUAUGGGUUGUAUUUAUUUUUGGUUCGGUAUAUCUAUAUUCCUUGUGGUAAAUCACGUGCCUGGAAGCAAUCAUCAAAAAUAUUCGCCUCAUUUUUAUGUUUUUCAUUUGUUUUCAUCUGGCAUGGAAUGCAAUUAUUUAUAUUUGUAUGGAGUUUCUUAAAUUAUUUUGGUGUUCUUAUUGAGAAUAUAUCGACAAGCAUUGCCCAAACAAAUUUAUUUAAAAAUUAUGUAGAAAAGAAUGUUUCUAAGCGAUCAUUGCGACGCAUAAAAUCUCUUUUUGCAACACCAUUAAUGAUUUCAUCAGCAUUAUCAAAUUUCUUCUUUUUUGGUGGUAUGAAUGUUGGAAUGUAUUUUAUACGAAAAGUAUUUGAUGAGCGUGACGAGUAA